GGCUCUUCCCAUCUCUGCUGCUUGGUGCUAGCUCGUCUGUCUCCCCUUAGCAUAAGCUGAGCCUAGCGAGCUGCUAGCCGCCAGCAUCAUGUCGCAGGCGCUUUCGGAGGAGGAGUUCCACCGUAUGCAGGCUCAGUUGCUGGAGUUGAGGACACACAACUAUCAGUUGUCUGAUGAGCUGAGGAAGAACUCCGCUGAGCUGACCACCUUGCGUCAGAAAAAUGUGGUGUUGGAAAGAGAUUUUGUCAAAGCACAGAAGGCUCUGAAUAAGAGCAAACGAGCCCAGGAAGUGGAAGCACUGCUGAGUGAGAAUGAGAUGCUUCAGGGGAAACUUCACAGUCAGGAAGAAGAUUUUCGACUUCAGAACAGCACGCUCAUGGCGGAACUUUCCAAGUUGUGUAUGCAAAUCGAGCAGCUGGAACAGGAAAACCAGCGUCUUAAGGAAGUGGAAGGGGUGGCAGCUUCCCAGCCUCUGCCCAACACCACCUCCAGUCCUGCUGAUGAAGAGCUGCUACGUCUUCAGGCUGAGAACGCUGCGCUACUGAAGAAAGUGCGAGCUCUUCAGGAGCACUGUAAUGCAGAGCAGCCGAGAUCAGUGCUUUCUGAUGGCGACCAGAACGCUACCUCACUGAAGGACAGAUCAGUAGGGGCCAAUGGUGUGCCUGAUGUCAAUAGCAAAGGGGAGGAGCCUGCAUCAGAAGGGGACAAUGUGAGUGGGCAGCAGACCACAGCUCGGAUGGAACAAACGCAGUUACAUGCGCCCCCUUUAGGCCUGUCAGAGAAGAGCGUAGAGGAGAUUGUAGCUAAGCACUCAGCGCUAGGCUGGUCGGCUGCUCUGUGUCCAAUAACUCACUGCUUUGGAGCAGAGCUGGAGGUCGCCCUGAACACCCAGCAUGAGGAGAAGAGGCUGCUGAGGGAGCAACUGCGUGACCUGGAGGUGAGCAAACAGGCUGAACUCUCCAAACUGCAGGAUGAAUUGUCAAAGUUGUCUGACAAGUUAAAGAAGAAACAAGAAAGCUUCCAGCGUCUUCAGGCGGAGAAGGAGGUUCUGUACAACGAUAGCAGGACAAAGAUUGAAGAGAUUAAUCAGAAGAAAGAGGAGGAGCUCAAGUUGAUGAACACACGAAUCCAGAAGCUACAGUCAGACUUGGCGGCAGCCAAUCAGGUGACGACAGAGCUGAGAGAGCGGUUUCAGACCAGCGACAAAGAACACCAGCUGGCUGUGAACGCUCUCAAAGAAAAGGUAGCAAGUCAGAGCGCAGUGAGUCAGGAGCAGGUGGACAACAUCCUGCAGGAAAACGAUGCUCUGAGGACUAACUUAGCUGCUCUAGAACAGAUUCAGGCCAGCAAGAUGCAGGAGCUCAACCUGCUGCGCGAGCAGCAGGAGGCGCAGGCGGCCGAACUGCAGCAGAGUCGGGCAGAGCAAGAAAAGCUAUUGGCCCAGAGGGAUGACCUGGACUCGCAACUGCAGGAGUCAAGUUUUGCAAACAGGAAGUUGUUGGAACAAUUAACAGAAGAAGGACAAGAAAAGGAUAAGCUACUCAGGGAGUUGGAGGAGAGCAAGAAGACAGCAGAGAAGAGGAAGGCCAUGUUAGACAGUAUGGCCAUUCAGCUAAAUCAGGAGACGUCCAACCACAAGGAGGCACUGUCAGACCUCAAACUUCAGCACGAGAAGGAGAUCCUUGGCGUGAGGGCCCGCUAUGAGAAAGAACUUCGAGGUCUUCACGAGGAGAAAAAUCGUUCAGAGGAGGACAUUCGGCAACAGCUCAGAGACGAAAAGGCUCGUAGCAAAGAGUUGGAGAGUCUUCAGACCAAAGUGAAAGAACUUCAUGGUCAGCUGCAGUCCAUGGAAGAAACCAAAGGAUGGUUUGAACGACGGCUCAAUGAAGCUCAGGAAAACACAGACAAGUUGAUGUUGGACCAUCAGGAAGCUGUCAAAUCUCUCCAGGAACAACACAUACUUGAUCUACAGGCUAAGCAGGCCGAGGCGGAAGAGGUCCACAAGCAGCUGUUAGAAGUCCAGAAUCAGCGAGAGGAAGACCACGGCGCCAUUGCCAAACUCAAACAGGAGAUCAAAGACACAGUGGAUGGCCAGAGAAUAAUUGAGAAGAAAGGAAGUGCAGCGUUGAAGGACUUAAAGAGACAGUUGCACCUGGAAAGGAAGCGAGCAGACAAACUACAAGAGAGACUUCAAGAGAUCCUAACCAACAGCAAGAGCAGAACAGGUCUUGAGGAGCUGGUCUUAUCGGAGAUCAACAGUCCCAGUCGUACUCAGCAGACCGGAGAUUCGUCCUCCGUCUCAUCUUUCUCCUACCGAGACGUAAUGAAGGAGAGCCAGAGCGUCGGUCAGAACAAGUCGGGAGGAGGAAGUCCUCAAUGUCAGCGUGCCGCCGAGCUGUCCGACGACGAGCUGGGUGAACUAUUCCAGAGGCUCGCUGAGGUUCAGCAGGAGAAGUGGAUGCUGGAGGAGAAGGUAAAACACCUGGAGGUGAGUUGCUCGUCCAUGGCAGAGGACAUCUGCAGAAAAAGCGCCAUCAUCGAGACCUAUGUCAUGGACAGUCGCAUAGACGUGUCAGGCGGUGCCACGGGUGGCCACGGAGUUUCUCAGGUUGACCGAGGAGGUCUGGGUUCCGUCUUGAGGGAUCUGGUGAAGUCUGGGGAUGAGAACCUGCGCGAAAUGAACAAGAAGCUGCAGAACAUGUUGGAGGAACAGCUGACCAAGAACAUGCACCUUCACAAGGACAUGGAGGUUUUGUCCCAGGAAUUAGUCCGUCUCAGUAAGGAACCAGCUCCUGAUGGCAGUUCAGCUGGCUCCGGUUGAAACUACUUCCUGAGUCAUCCGUCCAUUCAUAUUCACCUCAGAUGGAAGACCAAGCUGAGACCUGAGACUGAUUUCUGGCAGGUCUAGAGUGGUAUUUAAGUGAGUGAUUCCCAACCAGUGUGCCAGGGCACAUUCUUGUGCUGUGAGAAAUCAUCAAAUUUCACUCAAUUGAUCAGAAAUUUAUUUAUUUACAACAAAUAAUUCACCUUUGUUCAUCUACUAUGCCAGUGACUAGUGACGGACAGAACAAAUAAAUGAGCUUCUAUUAGAUGGCAGAAAGUAUAUAUAAUUGACAUGUAUCCAAUUUGUGUGACAUUUUUAUUUGAUGGUGUGCUGUGCCAUGAGAUUUUGAACUUGAGUAUGUGCCUUGGCUCAGAAAGGUUAGGAAUCACAUAUUUAGGCCAUUUGAGCUAUGUUUAAAUGCUGGAAGUUCUUCAUCUAUUCGUCCAUCCAAAGCAUGUAGAGAAUGGAAAUGUUCAUCUCAUUAUUGUUCUUAACGAAUGUACUGUAAUUGAAUUAUACAAAACUCACAUGAUUAGGUUCCACCUGAACCUGGCUACAACCUGACAACUUCCGUAGCAAUUAAAUACUUGAUUCCAUUCUACGGGCAAGUCCUCCCACCCUACAGUAUAUGAAAUAAAAUGGUUUGAGGUAUCUGGUGUCUAUGGCCAUAUCAGUUCAGUCCAUCACGUCGGGCUACGUCUACGCCCUGGCCAAGGACCGGGAAGUCCUACAUUACGUUAUGUCAUUUGGUAUGUGGCCGCCGCAACUAUUUGCCGGAGCACCUUUCACAGUCUUUUACUUCGAAUCAAAGCUUAUAUGAAUGUGAGUAAAAUAUGAAUAUAUAUUUAAAAUAACUUGUUAUUUUUAUUGCUUUGUUUUGAAACUGUUUAACAUCGCGUCUGUAAAUGGAAUGGUCUUAAUUGUUGUUGGGCUGUGUCUAUGUCCUGCUUAUUGUAUCAGAUCUUAUUUAUAAAAGAAAACAAGAGUUUGCUAUCUGUUUUGCCUUCACUCUUGAACACUACUUGGUGGCCCUUGACUAUUUUCAAUACUGUCACAUGCCCAUGGCUUCUGUUUUUCAGCUCUCACAUUUUCUUGGCAUUCUCGGAGUCUGUCUUUGUCUUCUGAGCCUUGGAAAGAAAGUGACCUGAAAUUAAGCAGGAAACGUGAUUUCUAUCAUGAAGCAAAAUAAAGUGAGUGAAAAAUCACCUUCA